AUGUGCAACAUGCAGCGCUCAGCGUUGCUCAUACUUUCGUUCUUGAGCACUCUGGUUUUGUCUUGGCCUUAUGACGAGUCACUCUCCGAUUAUAAUGUUAACGAAAACAAAUCUGCUACUGCCCCAAUCGAUUACUGGGGGGAAUGGCCAAAUCAUGAAUAUCACCCGUCGCCGGAUAACUGGCGUUUUCCUGUCUACACGAUCUUCCUCGACAGGAUAUCAAAUGGCGACCCAACAAACGACGAUAUCAACGGGACUACCUUUGAACAUGUCGUCAACUCUAAUCAAAUGCGACACGGCGGAGAUUUAGAAGGAUUGCUGGAUACACUAGACUACAUUCAGGGAAUGGGAUUUAAGGCUAUUUACUUCGCCGGAACCUAUUUGAUGAACCUCCCCUGGGCCUACGAUGGCUAUUCACCGACCGACACCACCCUUCUCGAUAUGCAUCAUGGUACACUAGACGACUGGAGGCGGACUAUUGCAGAGAUUCACAAGCGUGACAUGUAUGUCCUUGUGGACAAUACAGUGGCUACUCUGAGUAACCUGAUAGGAUUCAAAGGGCACUUGAAUGAUUCUGCCGACUUUAAUCCUGACGAAUACCAAGUCGAAUGGGUCACCGAGAGACGGUACGCCGAUUUUCAAUUCGGCAACGACUAUAACGAUACCUGCAACUUUCCCAAGUUCUGGAACGAGACCGGCUUUCCGAUAACCUCCGGCGGACCUGACGAGUUGAAAGGUUGCUACAACUCAGACUUUGACCAGUUUGGAGAAUUGGAGGCAUUUGGAAACUUCCCCGACUGGCAGCGCCAGCUCACAAAGUUUGCCUCGGUGCAGGAUCGCUUACGCGAAUGGCAUAAACCAAUCCGCGACAUCAUCACUCAACAUUCCUGCGCUCAAAUUGCAAGUUUGGAUGUCGAUGGAUUCCGAUUUGAUAAGGCUGUGCAAGCAACUCUCGAGCCGUUGAGUGAGAUCAUGGCUGUCUACCGAGAAUGCGCGAAGAAGUACGGCAAGGAUAACUUCUUUCUUCCUGGAGAGAUCACGGCUGGAGAUACAUUCGGCAGUCUUUACCUUGGGCGCGGGCGUCAACCAGAUCAGCGCCCAGACUCAGCAGGUGCUGGUGUCAAAUUGACAAAUAACUCAGAUGGAGCUUUCUUGAGAGAUGAUGGAUUGCAAGCAUUGGAUGCCUCAGCAUUCCAUUACACAAUCUACCGUUCAAUGACCCGAUUUCUAGGAAUGGAUGGUAAUCUAGUCGCAGGAUUUGAUCUGCCGACCGAUUUCAUUGAAGCUUGGAACGAAAUGCUCGUUACGAACGAUUUUAUCAAUGCUUUCACAGGAGAAUUGGAUCCCAGGCAUAUGUACGGUGUGUCCAACCAGGACAACUUCCGCUGGCCUUCAAUCAAGAACGGCACAGAUAAGUAUCUCCUGGGUCUUUAUAUUGUCACACUGGAGCUACCUGGAAUUCCUCUCAUUCUGUGGGGUGAAGAGCAGGCAAUGUACGUGUUUGACGCCACUGCAUCGAACUAUCUCUUUGGCCGACAGCCCAUGACUUACCAGACCGCAUGGUGGACAAACGGUUGUUUCAACCUGAACACGUCAAAAUUUUUUGAUUUCCCGAUCGAAAAGGGACGAGAUGGUUGUAAUGACAUAACCGUCACCUAUGAUCAGCGAAACCCUGCCCAUCCACUCCGCAACGUUAUGAAGCGGAUGUUUGAGAUUCGGGCACACUAUCCGGUCGCAAAUGAUGGCUUGUAUCUCAGUACCAUCUCUCAACUGACAAAGGACAUAUUUUUGCCGGGCUCAUCUACCACUCCCACAGUGACGGGUCUUUGGUCAGUCCUGCGAAGCUACUUCCCAGGUGUCCAAAAAGAAUCGCAGACAAAUGAGACCCUCUGGCUAGUGUAUCAAAACGGAAACUCGACAGAAACUUUUGGCGGUGACUGCAGUAACAAGAGUGCUGCUCUACUAUCUCCAUUUCAGUCGGGGACCAAGCUGAAAAAUCUCUUCUAUCCUUACGACGAGAUCACUCCUCAAGAUGGACCCGAUAGCGACUAUGGCUGUGUGAAGAGCAUGGAACUUCUCCCUUGGGAGUAUAGGGCGUAUGUCAAGAAAAGCGAUUUCGUGGAGCCUGGUCCUACGGUCACCGACUUCUCACCUGGUCACGAUUCCCGAUUUAUCUCUUCACAAGACACGGGCGAAACUUUGCCAAUUGAAUUGGGUUACUCGACAGAGAUGGAGUGUGCCAGCAUAACCAAAGCGAUCACUCUGAACUCGACAACCGAGAAGGGAAUCACUGCCUCUCUUGAUAAAGACAGUGUCAGCUGCAAAAAGAUAUCCGCCCGAACAACUAGCAACAACUUCGUCGGCGAGAUUCCUACUGUGUGGACUUGGUCCGCGAACGUGACUAAUGUUUACCACGGCAUUCACCAGCUUACUGUCGCAAAUGUUUCUUCGUCUGGAGUCUAUACCAACUCUACUGACAGGUUCCUUUUCCGCGUCGGUCUCGAGAACAAUCCACUCAUAACCCCACUCUCCAAUUACUCCACCAGCUUGCUUCACAGAUCCGAUGAUGGAUUUUUCGUCAAGCACAGUGCUGCUGGUGCUGAUAAAUUCCGAUACUCCACCGAUUUUGGAAGUACAUGGUCCAAGUGGGCAUCGUAUGAAGGUGGGAAUACAACCAUUGAUGUCUCUGCUUUCACUGGAACAGACCAGCAGAAGUGGAAGGGAACACAUGUCCGAGUCCAAUAUUUUUCACGGCUCACCGGCAGCAGUGACUACAUCCAAGAGGGUGACGCUGGAUGGGAAAACGAUGGUGUCCGGAGAUUUCCUCACUUGUGGUUCAAUGGCCCCUUCAAUCAAUACGGCUAUGACCAGGGACUGGCGAGUGAAAUGAAGUUCGACACUGAGACCUCUCGUUGGAACUACGACUUUGUUUACGAAUGGCCAUCGAUAGGACAGUUGAACGUCUGGGGAAUUGACAAGGGUGGCAUCCCAGACACAACGGAAGUUUACGGCGACGUCGGAAAUUCUUCUAAUGUGCAAAAGCUUCCUCCCUCUUACCUGUCAUCCAACGUUAUCAACAUCACAAAUUUGCCUCCAUUUCCACACCUUGGCUGGAAGAUUUCUCUCAACGACGCCAAUUUGAGGUAUGAGUUGAUUCCUAUUGGAAGCGGUUGGGCUCAACUUGUGCUCUACGUUCUUCUUUGGGUUGUCCCGAUUUUGAUGGGAUUGGCCGGAAUUUUCAUUUUCAUUCAAACCUUCUACCGUGUCAAGCUCAACAAGGAUGGAAAUGUGGCCAAGGAUGAAAAGCUACCGGUAGCUCUUUAUCACAGAGUCAAAAACAGGCUUUCCACACGGAAGGACCUUGCAAGCUCAUUGUCCGAAGAUGGCGUACCGACAGACAUUGCCGUGGCAGGCGCUGGAAAUGAUCAAAGGCGGACCGUUUUGAUUGCUACCAUGGAGUAUGAUAUCCAAGACUGGAAUAUCAAAAUCAAGAUUGGUGGGCUUGGUGUCAUGGCCCAGCUCAUGGGUCAGAAUCUGAAGCAUCAGAACCUCAUCUGGGUGGUGCCCUGCGUUGGCGAUGUCGAUUAUCCCACAGACACCCCGGUUGAACCAUAUGUGGUGACAAUCUUGGAUAAACCAUACCUCAUCAACGUUCAGUACCACGUAGUGGAUAAUAUCACAUAUGUUCUGCUGGAUGCUCCAGUUUUCCGGCAACAAACGAAAGCUGAGGUCUACCCACCCAGAAUGGACGAUUUGCCAUCGGCAAUCUAUUACUCUGCUUGGAACCAGUGUAUUGCAGAGACAAUCAGACGAGCACCUGAUAUUGAUCUUUAUCACAUUAACGAUUUUCAUGGAUGCUUAGCUCCGCUGUAUCUCCUGCCCACGCGAACCAUUCCGGUCUGCUUAUCCUUACACAACGCCGAAUUCCAGGGGCUUUGGCCACUCCGGACCCAAAAGGAGAAGCAAGAAGUGUGUUCUGUUUUCAACCUUUCGAUCGAGACCGCAACCAAAUAUUGUCAGUUUGGCAACGUCUUCAAUCUACUCCACACAGGUGCAAGCUAUUUGCGAUUCCACCAGCGAGGCUUUGGCGCUGUCGGUGUCUCUAACAAAUAUGGAAAACGCUCAUGGGCCAGAUAUCCAAUUUUCUGGAGUCUGAACAACAUUGGCAGCUUGCCGAACCCCGAUCCCGCCGAUACAAAGGAGGAAGAUGUGCAAAUUUCGGUCCAGACGGACGAAGAAUCGAGCCAUGAUAAACUCCAGGCACAGAAAUGGGCAGGCUUGAACGAGGAUGCCGACGCUGAUCUCCUAGUGUUUGUGGGACGAUGGUCGAAGCAAAAGGGAGUGGACUUGAUUGCCGAUAUUCUGCCCAGUGUCCUUUCUGCUAGACCUCAUGUGCAGGUUAUCUGUAUUGGCCCCGUCAUUGAUCUUUAUGGAAGACUGGCUGCUGUCAAAUUGGAGCGUAUCAUGGAAAUGUUCCCCGGUCGCGUGUUCUCGAAGCCCGAGUUUACGGCACUACCUCCUUUCAUCUUCUCUGGCGCUGACUUCGCUCUCAUUCCGUCCCGAGACGAACCAUUCGGCUUGGUGGCUGUUGAAUUCGGUCGCAAGGGUGCUCUGGGUAUUGGUGCACGCAUUGGAGGUCUUGGACAGAUGCCAGGCUGGUGGUAUACAGUUGAAUCUGAUUCGGCUCGCCAUCUUUUGCAUCAAUUAAGAACCGCUAUUGGGUCUGCCUUGGAUUCAUCGCCAGAGACCAGACAAGAAAUGCGUCUCAAUUCAGCCAAACAGCGCUUCCCUGUUCUCGAAUGGGUUCGGAAACUCGAAGUGCUGCAGCGAACAGCAAUUCACACUCAUCACUCCAAGAACAAAGACACUGUCAGAGGCCCAUCGCGCGAAUCGCAUAUUUACUGGGAAGUACAAGGCCUCCAAUCCUCCUCUGGAUCUCGGCCAAUGUCGAGUUAUUCUACACUCGGGGCUUCAGAAACCCAACCAGCGAGAAUCUCUCAGCUUGUCCAACCGUCCCUUCUUGAGCUACAGGCAGCCGAGCUAAGAGACAUGCAAGAUACCGAUAGUAGCGGUAAGAAUUCACCCCGCCGACAAUUGUCACUUGGUCGACGAUCUGGGCCUGGACAAGGAAGAAAACGCUUGGUCAAGAGGUCUCUGAGAGAGAGCCAGAUGCUUGAGAGAAUGACGGAAGGGGAUGCUACGGACGUGGAGGAUGAUGGCAUUGACGCGCCCCAGGAGAAUUUCAUCUCCCCCGAGGAGGCAGUGGCCGCAGUGAAGCGUGCCCUUGGCUCCCAGGACGUCGAUCCAUCUUCUGGAGAUAGUAGAAGUCACUCUCGUAACGAUUCAAAUCUGUCAGCUACAGAAUCGUCUCGUUUUGUCUCCCGAGACUCCUCACCAGUCCGAUCCCCCCGACGCUCCCGCGACACCAGUCCUGGCGAGGAUAAUUUUCUUACACCUCCUCAGAAUGUAUCUGUUCUUUCAUUGCCCUCUGUGGUUGCAGACCACGAAACACCUGUCUUCCAUCUGCAAAAGGUCGACCCGACUUUCACAGACAGUAUGGGUCAUUUCACGCGGCGCUUUGAGGAAAAUCUCGCCAAUCUCAAUAAGAAGAACUCGGCUACGGACCACUGUAUCGAGGUGUACUUGAUGAAGAGCGAGCAGAAAUUCUUCAACAUGUAUACCGACGCCCAGUUGAAAAAGCAGCCAAAAAUUGAAGAGCGUCCUGUGACUGGAGCAGGUUUGGAAGAAGUUGUGGAUGACUCGGAAAGUAACAGCCUACCACAAACCUCUCAGAACCUCGAGUCAAAUGGAUCUGAUGAUAUUGAUCAAUGGCUUUCUCGCCUCGGAUAUAAGAGACCCAUUGCCAUCCAAAGAUUCAUGAGAUGGCGUGUUGGAAACUGGCCAGUCUACGCCCUAUUCCUGGGUCUGGGCCAGAUCAUUGCGACAAAUUCCGCACAAAUCACACUUCUGGUGGGCACAGUCGGUGAAACUGCCGUCAAACUUUACAUUAUCGCGGCUGUUUACUGUCUCUCUUCGAUCGUUUGGUGGUUCCUGUUCUACCGGUUUCCAUCAGUGAUUGUUCUCAGUCUUCCUUGGUUUAUCUACUCGAUGGCUUUCAUCAUCAUUGGCGUUUCGCCAUACGCGCUUUCAAAUCUUGGUCAGACAUGGGCUCAGAAUAUCGCCGCAGGUGUUUAUUCUGCUGCAUCCUCUAGUGGAUCUUUGUUCUUUGCCCUCAAUUUUGGUGACCAGGGUGCUGUUCCUGUCAAAGACUGGAUGUUCCGUGCAAGUCUCAUUCAAGGCCUUCAACAGAUUUAUACUGUCGCUCUGUGGUUCUGGAGCUCCAGGGUCACCGCAGUGGAAGUAGGAGGAAUUUCAACGGCUGCCUUGAAUAGUUGGAAGCUUACGGCUGUUGUCAUGCCCAUCGCUGCAGUCUGCUUUAUCAUUGGAGUGCUGCUUGCUCUGGGUCUGCCCAAGUACUACCGUCAAGCCCCCGGAAAGAUCCUUUUCUUCUACACUUCUCUUUUCCGUCGACGAAUUGUCCUCUGGUUCUUCUUCAUGGUCAUUAUCCAGAAUUGGUUCCUUGCCUCGGCAUUUGGUCGCAAUUGGUCUUUCCUCUGGUCUUCCAAUCACGCCAAAACAUGGGAAAUUGUCGUGCUGGUUGUAUUCUUCUUCAUUGUUGUCUGGGUUGCUGCAAUGGUUCUUUUCAGGUUCCUAUCUAAAGAGCAUUCUUGGAUCUUGCCUGUCUUCGGCCUGAGUAUUGGCGCUCCACGAUGGGCACAAGUGUGGUGGGGAACGUCUAACAUUGGAUAUUAUCUUCCAUGGGCCGGGGGUCUGACUUCUGGUGCCCUCGUUUCCCGAUGCCUUUGGCUGUGGCUGGGUGUUCUUGAUGAAAUCCAGCAGGUCGGCUUGGGAAUGAUUCUCCUACAAACCUUGACCCGAGUUCAUGUUUGCUUUGUUUUGUUAGCUGCCCAGGCUCUUGGAUCCAUUGCCACGAUUUGCGCCCGAGGAUUUGCGCCGAAUAAGGUCGGCCCUGCUGGUGUCUCUCCGGAUGUGGGUUCAUCAAUCGACAAAGUUGGUAAUGCGUGGUUCUGGAUUUCUCUUUUCUUCCAGCUUCUAGCAAGCUUUGGUUUCCUCCUCUUUUACCGCCGCGAACAGCUGAAUCGGCCGUGA